AAUCUAUGCAUUCAUUAUUAUAAACCCCAACUCACCAAACCCUCUCUCUCUCUCUCUCAUUUCCCAAGACAACCCUCAAUGAUCCAGUUGCAGCUUCAGUUGCACAGUUUCAUACCCUCCUGAUCUGUUUCUGCCUCUAGAUCUUCCCAGAUCUUAUACUUUUGUUUUGUUUUGUUUCUUCUGUUUGUUCAAAAGGGUUUGUUGUGUUGUGAUCAACAAGUUAUAUUAUACUAUACUUAGUUAGUUUGCUAUAAAUAUCUGUAGUUGUGGCUUCUAGCAGGAGUACUAGGUUAUCCUCUGAUCAUUCCGGUGCAUUUGCUGACUGGGUAGCUAACCCUUCUUCCUCUUCUAGGGUUUCUAACCAAGAACUUUCUUUAGGGUUUCAUGCCGCCGGUCCCCCCACUGCCGGCGGAGGCCUUUGGUCGUCUCCCACUCCCCGGCAGAUCAACUAUGGCGUCCCGGCUGAGAUGGGCAUGUUUGUUGUUGCUCCCUCUAACCAUCAUCCAAACCAUCAUCUCUCCGAUCAUCCUCAUGAUCAUCCUCAUUCUCUCCACCACACAAUCUCCGGCACCGCCGCUGCGACGGCGCUUGGUGUCGGAGUGGGUGUCAUUCCACUUUUAACUAAUGUUGCCACUAGUUGUAGCAAUAAUAAUAAUAAUAUUAAUAGUAUUCAGUUCUGGCAAACUCCACAAGGUUAUUCAAAAAAAGGUAUAGUCUCCGAUCAUGUGUUUGCCGGUGGUGGUGGAGGUAACGGUGGUGGUGGUGGGUCGGUGUCCACGUCAGCUUCAGGGUCGACAACAACGUGUCAAGAUUGUGGGAACCAAGCGAAGAAAGACUGCAACCACCGGCGGUGUAGAACUUGUUGUAAAAGUAGAGGGUUUGAUUGUGCUACUCACGUGAAAAGCACGUGGGUUCCGGCAGCUCGCCGUCGUGAACGUCAGCUGGUUGUUACUUCCACCGGUGGUGGUGUAACUGCAGCUGGUUCUUCAGCUUCCACUUCAGGGUCUAAGAAGCCUCGGCUUGUUUCUCGUACUACAACACCUUCUCAUACUUCUACUUCUAGAAGCUUUGGAACUAGCUCUAGUCAUCACCAAGAUGCUAAAUUCAUGCAAUCAUUGCCGGGUCAAGUACGCGCUCCGGCGGUGUUCAAGUGCGUUCGAGUAACCGCAGUCGAAGAUGGAGACGACGAAUACGCAUACCAAGCAUGCGUAACCAUCAGUGGUCAUGUGUUCAAAGGCUUCCUCUAUGAUCAAGGAGUUGAAACACGAGACCAAACCAACGUGCCGAAUUUAUCCGAAUUGCAUUUAGGCGGUGGUGGUGGCGGAGGGCGGAAUGUGAGCUGUUGUUUAACAUCACCACCACUAAACCCACCGGCAGGAUACAGUGGAGGAUUGCUUGGUUGAUGACAGCAUUAUUAGAUAUUGGUUCACGCUUGAUAUGAUAUGAUAUAAACUUUACUCAUGUGUUUUUGUUUUUAUGUAUGCCCAAAAUUUCAUGGUAUCCAAUUAAAAUGCUUGUGACA